CGCUCUUGUUUCACGUCGGUGUCAGAAUAAAGCGGGACAUCCAGCCCUGAUCCAGCUCUGGCUUCCCUGUUCAGCUCUGCAGGGCUUUAUAUUGAACUCAUAAAGUUACUUUUUUGGUAUUUUUGCAAUCCCCAAAUUGGCAUGAGUCAACCUCUGCAGCGUGCACGGUUUUAUUCCCCGAAAAACAGCCUCAUUCCAGGCCGAAGAGAGGAGCCUGUCGCCCGCAGAGCUGCCUCCCUGCAGAAGGUGGUGAUUAUGCGGCAGGGUAGCCGGCUUUAGCACUCCUCAGCCCGGGCUCAGGGACGCAUUCCUGGGAGUGUUGGUGUCUUGUUCGUGGGCCACGAUGGAGGUCAGAGGAGCCCCGACCGAGGUCCUCCUGCAGCGUCCAUGGCUUCCCGUGAGCAUCAGCGGCUGCCAGCUCCUCGCCAAGAGCUGGUUUGGAGAAACGGCGUACCACAUCCUGCUGACAGACGUGCAGUGUGUGUGGGAGGAGAGGAUGGACUCCGCAGCCAUCCAGAAGAGAGCAAAGGAGCUGAACAAACGUUUACGAGCAGAGGUCAAAGCCUUCUUCUCCCACCUGUGUGAAGUGGUUCAGCCCUGUCUGACAGGAAGUGACGGGCAACCUGACGGCGAGGCCCGGAUCUCCCUGACCCGACAGGAGGACGGGAACAUGUGCAUGAAGCUGAAGAGCGAGCUGGCGGGUCUGCCCUUCUACUGGGAGUUCCACUGCACCCCCGCCCCCGUCACCGUGGCUUGUGUUCAGCUGGUGCGCCCCCUGCUGGCCAUGAGCCAUCUGCUGCAGCGGCAGGUGGAGCAGCUGGGAGGUCUGCUGGGGAGGAAGGACGCAGAGAUCCAGGACUACAGGGAGAACGGAGCCAUGCUCAGCAGAGAGCGGCUGCAGACGGAUGUGUUUGAGGAGGAAACUUACAGAGAGGACUUCAUGUCAAAGGCUCUUCCUCUGCUGCGUUCUGAGCAGACGGACGUUCUGGGCUUCGACGCCGCCCUCCAACAUCUGUACGCGGCUGUCGUCGCCCACGGCAACUCACGGAAACGCAAACUGUCUGAGGAGCAACAUCCAGCCGCCGAAGAACCAGACGUCACCUCGUCUUUAGGUGGAUCUGUCAUCAACAGUGAAGCAGGUGUGGACGGGCCGGAGGACGCAGCUGGAGCCAAGAUGGCCGACAGACCUGCAGUACAAAAGUCUCUACCGGUAUCGUCCAACGCUGCAGAGCGACCGUCCUCCAAACCAAAGAAGAAGAAAGUGGGACUGUUCCGAUGAGCGCGAGCAGUAGGGACGCACACUCAGACCACAAUUCAGAACUUUUAGGAAAAAAGCUUUUUUUUAUCUUUUGGGGGGAAAAAUGGAAAAAUUAGCUUUUCCUUUUAACCAAUUCUUAUUUUGAAACUUUUAUUUUGAAACCUUUUUAAGACUUUUAUAAGAUUAAGGUUUUGAUUUGUUCAUACAAAAGGCUUUUAGAUUAAAAAUGUUAUUAAAUGAUAAUGAAUAUUUUAAAUUCUUGGAGAAGUCAAACUGUUAAUUAAAGAU